UAUUACAAUUUUCACUGAACUUUAAACCCUCGCUUUUUAUUUUGUUGUGACAGUAUGUGCAAUAUAGACAUGCCAUAGAUGUAAAAUAAAUAAACUAAUGAACACUGAACAACAAACAAACGCAAAUGCGCGUGGGCCGACAAGAUUAUAAAUAGAGAUAGCAGAAGACUCAAAAAAAUCUCUACAUAUUGUCAACAUAUUCUCUCGCAUCAUAAAAAGUAACUUUUAUCUUGUUGUUAUUAAUAAAAAUGGUACUGUGCAAGUAUUUUCAACAAGGCACUUGCCGUUAUGGACAGUAUUGCAAGUUCGAUCAUAGUUUUGGCAACAGGAGUAAAACUUUUAACGAUGAUAAAAAUAUUGCUUUACUGGUCGCGGAAGAAGUGCUUCAAGCUGAGAGAGGUGGACAAUGGUUGCUUUCUUGUUAUGGACCAUUCAAAGAAAAAAAAUGUAUUCCUGGCAUGGAUGACGUUUCUCCCGAAGAGGUCAGAUGGGAAAUGUAUCAAGCACAAAAAACUGGAACUGUGGAUCAAGUGAAUUCUCAAUUUCAACAAAUGUGUGAGCAAAUGAAGGCGAAGCGUGAUGCAUUGAAAAAUCCAACGCCUGCUAUUUAUCAAAUACUGGAAGAAAUUCAUAACUCAGGAUCUGAUACUGCUAAUAAAGGAAAUUUUGCAUUUGGGGCAUCACAGCUUAGCACUUCAAACACUAGUCAAAGUUCCAAUGUAUUUGGUCAAAAAACUACAUUUAGAGCAACAAGUAAUAAUCUUUUUGGAAGCACAAGUACCUUUAAUUCAUCUCAACCAGCAGCUUCCAUUUUUGGUAAACCAGCCACUGCUCCAUCUACAAAUGUGUUUGGAGGAAAAGCUUCUUUUGGAAGUACAUCCGUAUUUAGUGGGAAUUCUACAACUGGUAAUUCCAUAUUUGGUGGUGCUAACAAACCUGCACCUACACCCUUUGGCUCUGUACAGACAUCUACUUUUGGAAGCCUACCAUCUCAAGGUACUUCGAUUUUUGGUGCACCAGCCACAAAUCAAACAGCCUUUGGACAACCUUCAGCUUUUGGAGCUAACAGUCAAGCAAGUAAUCCAUUAUUCAAAACUCAAACUGGUCAGACAUCUGUUUUUGGUGGAGCAACCGCAAAUAGUAGUAAUGUAUUUGGCGGAGCUUCCGCUACAACGAACUCCGUAUUUGGAGCUCAAGCUGCUUCAUCAAAUACUCAAUCAGGGACUAACAUAUUUGGUCAGUCAACAACAGCUACAACGGCUUUUGGUGGAGGACCUAUCUUCGGUGGAACAACCGCAUUUGGAGCACAGCAGAAUACUGCUAGUAGCUCGGUAUUCGGAGGACAGUCGAUGUUUGGUCAGGCAACUGCCACUCCUACAGCAACUAACAUUUUCGGAAGCGUAAAUGCAGGAACAUCGAGUUUUGAAUCUCUUGCUCAAAGUCCAAAUACGAAUGCGUUUGGUGCACUAGCAAAUGCGUCGCCUUUUGGAACAACAGCAUCUGCAGCUGUUGCUCCAAAUGCAUCACCUUUUGGUGCAGCAGCAAGUACAGUAGUUGCUCCAAAUGCUUCACCUUUUGGUGCAGCAGUAACUACAGCAGUUACUCCAAAUACUUCACCUUUUGGAGCAGCAAUAUCGACAACAGUGACUCCGAAUGCCUUGUCUUUUGGAUCAGCAACGUCGACGACAGUUACUCCAAAUGGUUCACCGUUUGGAGUAGCAACGUCUACAACUAUAACUCCAAAUGCCUCGCCUUUUGGAGCAACAACGUCUACAGUUGUUACUCCAAAUGCGUCGCCUUUUGGAGUAACUUCUGCUGUUGCUCAAAAUACUUCGCCUUUCGGAGUUGCAACGUCUACAGCAGCUGGUGGACCUUUUGGAGCUACCACUGCAAAUUCAAUAUUCGGAGCAACUUCUAUUGGUUUUGGUGGUCGACCGACUACGACAAUUAAUAGUACCCCGAAUGUGUUUGAAACUCCGACUGUCACGUCACCUGUUCAGGCACCAUUUGCUGGAUCUACCUUUGGUACACAAACCAGUACCAAUGUCUUCGGAACAGUCACUACUACGCAACAAAGUGACAAUCCAUUUUUAGCGAAAAGUAUAAGUUCCCCGUUCGGCACAAUCUCGUCUACACAAUCUUGUCCAUUUGGAUACACUCAAGCAAGUAGCAGUAAUGCUUUUGGCGUGUCUGUGAACGUGAAAAUUGACGAAACGGCUUAUACGCCACAUGAAAGUUUGACUGAUGACGAGAAGGCAGCUUAUAAACUGAACAAGUUUGUCUUAGGGCAGAUUCCACUCAACGCUCCGAGCAAGGAACUUGCGUGACUGGUUAAAAGUUGAUU